ACCGAGGAGUUCCGAGAAGCUACUCCAAGGCGUUCUACUGGUUCAGCAAGGCAGCCGACCAGGACAACUCGUACGGGCAGUGGAUGGUUGGUGCGUGCUACGGGAACGGGUGGGGAGUCACCAAGGACGAAACCAAGGCAGCCGAGUGGUAUCGCAAAUCGGCUGAGCAGGGCAACCAACACGGACAGGUCCGGCUGGGAAACUGCUUCAGGAAUGGUCUUGGUGUGGCCAAAGACAUCGACACCGCCGUCUUGUGGUAUCAUAGGUCAGCAGACCAGGGGUGGUGGGAAGCAAAGCACGAGCUGAAGCGCCUGGGCAAGUAUCAAGAAUGAUGUUCGCCGCCAAAGAGGAUCUGAUUUCCGUAUGCGUCCCCAUUCAAUCGACGCGAUAUAUUCCAAUACAUACGCGGUACAGCAUGUAAACUAAU